AUGGAGGCACAGGCAACCGCCCCCGUCACACCAUGGCAUUCUCCCUUACCCUACUUAUUCGGUGCCCUUGCUGCCGUUUGUAUUCUUAUCUCUUUUUCUCUGUUGAUCCUUGGUUGUUCCUAUUGCCGGAAGAUUUCUGUUUCUAUACUGAACGGCAACCACGAUGCUGCUCGAGAUGCUGACAUGGAGUCUGGUCGAGGCAAAGGCGAUGAUGAUCCGAAUCCGCUACCAUGCGCCGUGUUUAACGACAAGGUCUUGGUUAUAAUGGCUGGAGAAGUUAACCCAAGUUUUAUAGCUACUCCCAUGUCGACGGGUUGUCGUGAAAAGGGACAUGACGGGUUGUCCUGA